AUGUCUUCCCCAAAAGUUACUAAUACUUUUGUUAGUUCCAUUACUGAUGUAACUAACGAUGCAAUUGAUGGCGCUUCUGAUGAGAAAUCAAAUGAAGCUAAAGAAGAAACAGAUGAAGCUAAAGAAGAAAAUGAUGGUGAUGAAAGUAAACAAGCUUGGCAAAUGGUUUGGAAUAACGAUGUUCAAGCAUAUUAUUAUUGGAACACUUUAACAAAUGAAACAACUUGGACAACUCCAACCGAAUUACUACAACAACAAGAACAUCACCAAUCACUAGAACCUGAUAAUAAUAUUACAAGUGAUAAUCAAUAUUAUGGAUAUUCAGAACAAGAUUAUUAUCAAUAUUAUUAUGGCUAUUAUCCAGAAGGUUAUUAUUAUGAAUAUGAUCCAAAUAUUAAUACUUUUGUUAGAACUAACAACACUAAUAUCAAUAAUAUUAAUAAUAACAUGUUGCUAAUACUAAUUCUAUUCAUUAUUAUUACUACUACUACUACUACAGAUGCUAAUAAUAACAACGUCAAUUUAACAUCUUCGGUAAAUUCUUCCACAGCCAACACAGAUCAGACAAAUCCUUUAGAUUCAUUAUUAGAUAAAAUUGAUACAGAAGUUAAUAAUAAUCAAUAUUCUAAAGAGCUAGAUGGCAAUUCUGAAUAUUAUUCAUUUUUAGCACAACAUGGCAGUAAUAAUGACAACAACAGUAGCGAACCUGCUGGUUAUACUGUAACAGGAAGGUUUAAUUCACGCACUGGUAAAUUUCAACGAGAUCCCACUUUGAAUCCUGAAAAAUUUUCUGCAGAAGCAAAAGCAGCUAGACAAAUGUCUUAUUUCUUUGAUUACGAGCGUUACACUGAGCAAAGAGGAUUAAAUUAUGCUGUCGCCGCAUACAACAACAAAGAUAGAGAAAGAAAAAGAAAAAAUGACGAGAUUGAAAAUCAACUUAAAAGAGACAGGCUCUCAAUGCGUAAUGAAGUUAAAAUGCUCUUGCUAGGUGCUGGCGAAUCCGGCAAGUCAACAAUUUUAAAACAAAUGAAACUUAUUCAUGACGGAGGCUAUUCAUCCGAGGAACGUGAAUCAUUCAAAGAAAUUAUUUUCUCAAAUACAGUACAAUCAAUGCGUGUAAUUCUAGAGGCUAUGGGUACAAUGGGAAUUUCACUUCGUGAUGGGUCAAAUAAAGGUUACGAAAGCAUCAUUCUAAAUUUGCCAAGUCAAAUCGAAGGUGAUCAUUUGCCUUCAGACGUUUCAACGGCCAUCAAAAAUUUAUGGACUGAUAGCGGAGUAAGAGAAUGUUUUAAUAGAUCCAGAGAAUAUCAAUUAAAUGAUUCAGCAAAAUAUUAUUUUGAUUCAAUUGAUCGCAUUUCACAACCAGACUAUCUUCCAGACGAUCAAGAUGUAUUAAGAUCUCGAGUAAAAACAACUGGGAUCACAGAGACUAGCUUCCUAAUUAAUGAAUUAACCUAUCGUAUGUUCGAUGUGGGUGGUCAACGUUCUGAACGUAAGAAAUGGAUUCAUUGUUUUGAAAAUGUUACUGCGAUUGUUUUCUUGGUAGCUAUUUCCGAAUAUGAUCAAUUGCUAUUGGAAGAUGAGACUGUGAAUCGUAUGCAAGAAGCAUUGACAUUAUUUGAUUCUAUUUGUAAUUCAAGAUGGUUUGUCAAGACGUCAAUUAUUUUAUUUUUAAAUAAGAUAGAUCGUUUCAAAGAAAAAUUACCAUUAUCCCCAAUGGUAAAAUAUUUCCCCGAUUAUGAAGGUGGAAGUGAUUAUGAACUUGCGUGUGAUUAUAUACUUAAUCGUUUCGUAUCACUGAAUCAAUCAGACAUAAAACAAAUUUAUACACAUUUCACUUGCGCAACUGAUACGGAACAAAUCAAAUUUGUGAUGGCUGCUGUUAACGAUAUCAUCAUUCAAACUAAUUUAAGAGAUUGCGAUGAUGAUGGUGACGGCUUGUUAGAUUCUUUUUAA